CAAAUCUAUCAUGUCCGAUGCGGUGGAUCCCGUCGAGCAGAUGCUAAAGAGUACCGGCUGCCUGAAUCUCCACUACAAGGUGCAGGAGUGCAUUGCCGAAACCGGCGACUGGCGGCUCUGUCAGGACGUAGUUAAAGAUUUCAAACACUGCAUGCAAAAUUACACCGACAAGCAGCGGGCAAAGUAUAGCGGGAAGUAAUGAGCGCGCUGCUCCGGAAGUUGUUCGCCACGGUAGGAGGUAGUGUUGUUGGUGGUGCGCCCAUGAAAAUGGUGCUGGUAGUGCGGUCCGAUUUAGGGCUGAAGAAGGGCAAGAUAGCGUCGCAGUGUGCACACGCGGCCGUACUGUGCUGCAUGCGGGCAGCGUCGGCGGGCGGUGAUGCUGCGGGUAGGGGCAAGAUGCUGGACGCGUGGUUGCGGCAGGGCCAGCCAAAGAUAGUGCUUAGGGUAGAUAGUUUGCAGGAGCUGCAUUUGCUGACGGAGCGGGCCGAGUCGAGCGGGGUUAUUGCGGAGAUUGUGCGAGACGCCGGCCGGACACAGGUAGCGAGCGGAACGGAGACCGUACUGGGGCUGGGGCCGGCUCGUACCGAAGCGAUAGAUUCGUUGGUCGGGCAUUUGAAGUUACUGUAGUGGACGUGUGUGCUGGUUCUUAAAUGAUGUGUUCAUUAAGUAGAUCGAUUUAUUGUUGAAUUUGAAA